GGAGGCAGUCCGUCCGCGGAAGGAGUGGCGGCCGUGGCGGCGGGGGCUGGGAGAAGAUGGCGGCGGUGGUGGGGAAAAGCGGGGUGGCUGCUGUGAAGCCGAUCUUCAGCCGCGACCUGACCGAGGCGAAGCGGCGAGUGCGAGAGCUCUACCGGGCCUGGUACCGCGAGGUGCCCAACACGGUACACCUCUACCAGCUGGACAUCACGGUGAAACAGGGGCGUAACAAGGUUCGGGAGAUGUUCAUGAAGAAUGCCCAAGUUAGAGACCCACGGGUGAUAGACCUGCUAGUUAUUAAGGGGAAAAUGGAGCUUCAAGAAACCAUUCAUGUCUGGAAGCAGAGGACUCAUGUCAUGAGGUAUUUCCACGAGACAGAAAUCCCACAACCUAAAGACUUUCUGUCCAAAUUCUAUGCGGGCCAUGAUCCCUGAGAGAUUGACUCUGUAUCUUCUUGCCUUGUAUUACAAAUAAAGUUCUAUGAAGUAGAAAAAAAUCUGCACGGAAAGAUUGCAUAACAAAUUAGGAGCCUAAUGACUGAAUCUGAAUCCAAAGCACAUGCAAGUUGUUAUGAUCUCUAUGGAGAGCUGUGUCCUCCUUGCUUUUGCCUGUGUGUAUUAUCCAUGGCUGAAGUUUGUCCUAUCACUUGCCCUGGAGUGUCUGCUGAAUAACCACAGCACAGCCUGGCUGUGGGGCUGCCUGCUGAGCUGCAGCCCUGUGUGCAGGUGUCAGCUCUGUGGAAGAGUAGAAAAGAGCAAGUUGUCAAAAAAGAACAGUAGUAGCAGAAAUACCCAUGUGGCUGAUGCCCAUCUGUAUUCAUGCAGUGUUUCUGAAUUUCAUGCUGACUUUGUUGACCUUGUGUUUUUUUACUUGGACAUUGUUCUCUGUUUACUUCCUCACAGAGAGUGGCAUAAAAUCUAAUAGCCAAAUAAAACCCUUUGUGCAAUAAAAAGA